AUAAAACCUUAAUUUUUGUAAGCAGUACUCCUAGCCUAACAAUACCGAGAAAUUGAAAUUCAAAAUUCUUUAAAAAGAGAAAUAAAAAGAAUCAAGUUUCCAAUUGAAUAAGAUCCGAGGGAAGUAGAAUUUGGAGAAAGACCAAACCCACUUUAGUCGAAAACUCUCCCAAGUCAACUGGGACAACUGGGUAGUAAUUAAAUCACUCAAAUUAGCUGGCAUCCAAUUAAAAGGGGAGAUUCAAAAUCCUGAGGGCUUUUGUGGGUAAUUAUGAUCUUCCUCCUUUAAUUAAAUCUAGUAUUAGUAUUUUGUUUUUGAGUUUGAAUUUUGCAUGUAUGUGGUUAUGUUCGGAUGAUUUAGUCUUGUUUUUAUAUUGAUUUUGGUGUUUUUCUUCUUCUAUUUUUUUUUCUUUGUUAAUUUAUGAAUGAUUUUAGGUCUGAGUUGAUCAAUUUGGUAAAUGUUGAGUAAUAUUCAUAUUGGGUUUUGUGAAUUUUGAGUAGAAUGAGUGUAAUUGGAUUCUUAUAGAGAAGGGAAACUAGGUUUGAUCAUAACCGGGUCGCGGUUGAUCUUGAAGAUAUGGUUAGUCUUAUAAUUAGAAUUCUCAAAUUUGGUUGAUUUUGGGUGUAAUCCAAUUUUGACCUGUGAUUUUGGUUAGAUCCUAGAAAGAGAGGAGGAAAAAGUAGGUAUUAGUCGUUCAUUUGAAUAAAAAUGGGCAUUGCAAAGCAUCCGAGAUGGAGAUUAACCCGAAUAAUGGGUUGGCUUCAGUUGUUUUUAGGAGGGCUUGUUGUAAUUGUGAGCAUUUCUAGCCUAGUUAGAUUCUAUCAUGCUGGAUUUUUCUUUCACAGUGAAGAUAUUUGCCGUCAUUUUUAUGGGGAGAAGGAUGCUUUUGAGGGGUUUGAUGUCAAGGCGUUGUCUAAUCGCAUUGAAGAAGUGCUUGAAAAGAUGGAAAAUUUACAAAACAAUCUCGAAUCCAAUGUGCAAAAGAUGGAGAAAGACAAAGAUGAUUUGGAGAAGAGUAAUAUGUCAAGGCUAGAGUUCAAGAGGUACUUGGAAGAUGAAGUGAUUCAACCUCUUUAUGAUGCUCACAUCACACUUAGACAAAUCAGAUUACCAAGAGUGAGAGGUAAUGGAAACACGACCUUUAUGGAGGAACCGUUGAUUAAUAGUUUCGUGAUUGAGGAGAUCAGAAAGUAUAUUACCCCGAAAGAGAACAAGAACGGAAAAGUUAACAUUUUCAAAACGGAGCGGAUUCACAAUACUAUAGGACAUGCUUGUGUUUUAAUGAAGAAAGAUUUAGAAAAUUACAUGGAUUAUGAUGUGGGUUCUUAUUGUAAGGAUGAUUGGAAUCUAGCUCAGAAGCUUAUGCUUCACGGGUGUGAUCCAUUGCCUAGAAGACGUUGCUUGACACGAGCCUCGAAGAUCUACCUCAAGCCAUACCCCAUUAAUCAAUCACUUUGGAAGAUUCCAGAAGGAAGAAAUGUUCGAUGGAACCUUUACAGGUGCAGGGAUUUUGAGUGUUUAUCGAACAACAAUACUGAUCGAGGCUAUACAAAAUGUACCGGAUGUUUUGAGAUGGAAAAGGAAAUGCUUAAAUGGGUCAACAAAAGCUCUCUUACUCCUGCUGAGUUUCUAAUCAGUGAUGUUUUGGGUGUUAAGCCAGGGGAAAUACGGGUAGGUAUUGACUAUAGUGUGGGUACUGGUAGUUUUGCUGCUAGGAUGAUGGAACAAAACGUUACCAUUAUUUCAACUGCACUAAACUUGGGUGCACCUUUUAGUGAAACAAUCGCACUUCGAGGUCUACUUCAUUUGUAUGUAACACCAAAUCAACGACUCCCGUUCUUUGAAAACACAAUGGACUUGAUUCAUACAACUGGUCUGUUAGAUGGGUGGAUCGAUCUGUUACUGUUGGAUUUCAUGUUAUUUGAUUGGGAUCGAAUUCUUAGACCCGGGGGUUUGUUAUGGAUAGAUAAAUUCUUCUGUAAUAGAAAAGAUUUGGAUGAUUAUAUGUACAUGUUCUUGCAAUUCAGGUACAAGAAGCAUAAGUGGGUUGUGACGCCUAAGUCAAAAGACGAGGUUUAUCUCUCUGCUUUGCUAGAAAAGCCUCCUAGGUCGUUGUGACUUUAUUGCUUCAUUCUCAUUUUGUUCAGUAAAAUAUUACUAUUGUAGUUUUGCAAGAAUUAUGGUCAUGUAUUCAACAGUUUGUGUGUAUAAUGUUGUCCCUUUUCCUUAAUUAAUAUUUCAGUUUGUUUCUUUUCUGAA